GUAACUAGCGCAUCUGUAUAUGGAUAGCGAGUGCGAACUCACGUUGUCAUUUUCAACAUAUACUUAUACUUUUAAUUAUUUCAAUAUACUUUUCUAUUACAAAUUUAUCCACUCGUUCUUCAAUCGGUUAACCUCGACAAUUUUUCGUUGCUCAUCUAUCACAAACAUAACGUCAUCUGGAACGCAAAUAUUUGUGUAUGUGGGACCCUACACAUCUUUCUUCUUCUUCGAUCCUAUUCACUGCAACAUGAACUGUCAGAAACAUAUGCAUUCGGACCAUCGUUUUCUCCAACUUACCAAUCCACAUACCCAAUCGAUAGACCGUGGAUUUUUACGCAGUUACUGGAAACUUAACGACGCAAAAUUGCACAGAAUGCACACGAUACAAGAGGCUAUACGAAAUACCCAAAGCAUAGGGUUUUCUAUUAGGUUGAUAAUAGAUGAUAAAGAUUAGGUUGAUAAUAGAUGAACAACAAUUUCUGUUUUAU